AUGGUGUCUAGGAAUAUGAGUGGCCUGACCGCAGGCCAGACUUAUUACUACAAGAUUGUCUCUACCAACUCGACCGUUGAAAGUUUCAUGAGCCCCCGGGCUCCAGGUGACAAGACGCCAUUCACGACAAGCGUUGUCAUUGAUCUGGGGGUAUACGGCACAAAUGGUUACACGAUCAAGGGCGACAGUUCCAAGCGAGAUACCAUCCCUACAAUCGACCCUGCUCUGAACCAUACGACGAUUGGGCGCCUGGCUGAGAACUUCAACGACUACGAGUGGGUCAUGCAUCCUGGUGACCUAGCCUAUGCCGAUGAUUGGAUUCUCAACAUCGACAAUCUUCUGGACGGCGCCAACACAUACGAAGCCAUCACAGAGAACUUCUACAACCAGCUGUCUCCCAUCGCCAGCCGGAAGCCGUACAUGGCCAGUCCCGGCAACCACGAGGCCGACUGCGCAGAACUCGGCACCCUGACCAUCCGGACGAUUUGCCCCGAAGGGCAAAAGAACUUCACAGAUUUCAACGUGCGCUUCGGCAAGAACAUGCCGAGCGCGUUCGCGUCCACGUCGUCCAACGACACCGCCAAGGUCAACGCAAACAAGGCGAAGCAGCUCGCAAACCCGCCGUUUUGGUAUUCGUUUGAGUAUGGAAUGGUUCACGUCACGAUGAUCGACACCGAGACGGACUUUCCCAACGCCCCAGACUUGCCCUUCGGCUCUGCUAGUCUGGACAGCGGCCCGUUCGGAUACACAGGCCAGCAGCUCGACUUCCUGAAGGCGGAUCUGGCAUCGGUUGAUCGCACCGUGACACCCUGGGUCAUCGUCGGCGGCCACCGCCCGUGGUACUCCACAGGUGGGAGCGGCAAUCUCUGCACUGCGUGCCAGACGGCCUUUGAGCCGGUGCUAUAUCAGUACGGCGUCGACCUGGGGGUAUUUGGGCACGUCCACAACUCUCAGCGCUUUGCGCCUGUGAACAACAGCGUCGUCGACCCCGCGGGGAUGAAUGAUCCCAAAAGCCCAAUGUACAUUGUCGCAGGGGGCGCUGGCAAUAUUGAAGGCCUGAGCUCGGUUGGGGCGAACAUUUCAUCGAACCGAUUCGCAUAUGCUGAUGAUUUCAGCUAUGCCACGCUCAACUUCAAGGACGAGAACAACCUGGAGAUUAACUUUAUUCGCUCGUCAACGGGAGAAAUUCUUGAUUCGUCAACGUUGUACAAAUCGCACUCGAAACAGUUUGUUGUUCAAUAG